CCAGAUACCAGUUUUGUAGAUCUGCAUAUCUUCGAAUUAUUCCCUAUUUCCCAUACAUAUACAGCCCGUCUCGUAGAACACGCACACGCACACAAUGUCUUCCACUGAGUCCACCGGCAACACAAUCGUCGCCUCAACCCAACCGACAGCCUCAACACCGCUCACAACCCACGCCGGCAGCUGCCACUGCGGCACCGUCACCUUCACCGUGCGCAGCCCGGCGUUUCCAGGCCAGGUUGUUGUCUCGUGCAACUGCAGCAUAUGUUCCACGCAUGGCUAUCUGCUCAUCUAUCGGCCGCAUGAAGAUUUCGUCUUUACUGCUGGGGAGGACAGACUUAGGGUGUACUCGUUUCCGGGCGUGCAUAAGGGGAAGAUUGGGCAUUGGUUUUGUCCGGAGUGUGGGACGAGUGUGUAUGCGGCGAGUACGGAUCCGGGGUAUCAUGGGGCUGGGUUCAAGGCUGUUAAUGUGAGGACGUUGAAGGAUGUGGACUUGAGGAGUUUGGAGCUCAAGCUUGUUGAUGGCAGGUCUUUGUAGGUUUCGAUCGAUGGGAGUGAUGAGACUUGAGCGAGGACUGGCGUUGUUGUGGAU